AGAAAAGCGCAGGGCGCGCGAGGAGGAAGAAGAAAAAACUCAAAACAUGCUGGCAGAACGGGGUCACGAACUAUGACCUUUUACAGAAGAAAAACAAAAACAAAUAUUUUUUUAAAAAUAGAAGACCCAGACCUAAAUCUGCAAUCUUUGAUCCGGGGGUAAGUCUUCAUCCAAAAUAUUUAAGCGGUUUAAAGCUAGUGAAGGCACAGUCGAGGCAAAAAAAACCCAGGAUAUUUUGUUGUAGUCUGCUGCUGUGCUGUUCGAGGGACAGCUCUAGCCGGUGGUGGGCUUGGGUCUGCAUGGUUGUCAAUCUUGGGCAGUGCUGUCAUCUCUCAUCUUAUUUCAACGUUUAAUGUAUUACUUCUAGCAAUUAAAAUAUCCAUUCAGUGACAACGCCUUUGAAAAGCCUGUCCCCUGCGUCAAACCUUUGAUAUAAAUGGAUAUAUAAACGUGCCAAAAUAAAGCUCUAAGGCCGAGGACAAAAGAUGAGCUGUAGCUGUCAGUGCAGCCAAGUAGCUAGAAUGCUAGCCGGCUAGUACAACCGCGCAGAUGAACCCGACCCUUUUACCUUUGCCAUCUCGAGAACAAGGAAUUUUGUUUUGAGGGGUGCACGCGUAAGCAUAUGCGGGCGCUUCGAUUUUUCAUGUCAGGGUUUUGUUAUUGAAAUAAUAUGUUAAAUAACGGGUAUCUCAUCGAUAUAAACAUACAUAUUUUUACAUUUAAUGAAUGGCUGCCUGCCGUAUUGUUGGCGAAUUGCCAGGUUCUCCAUUUUGUCCGUUUGAAUGUCGGAAGAAAUUCGUUUUUGAUAGACUCGUCGUUUGGCUAGUGAGCUAACGAACCCAUGGCCUUCCCCCAUCCUUUAGCCAAUGACAGUCCUCACCGCGGUUGAAAUCAAAGCCUUUUCUUCCUAUAAUGUGACACACACACAGAGAGCGAUAUAAAGAAAGAAAGAUACAGACUCUCAGUCUCCCAAACACACACAAUAUGAUUGGUAAAAUCUAGAACUGGAAAGUGUGGGGUGUACUGUCUGAGGUGUAAUUUCAACCUUGUGAAGUGUACACUUACACCCUUAUGCCCUCCACUCCUUAAUCAAAUCACUGAAAAAGAUGCAGUAGGUUCUCUCUCAGAGGACAGAUCGGUCAUGAGUGUACAUCUCUGAAGGAGAGGGCUUUGCAUGAGAAGAGGUUAUCACAUAUCCCUACGAGAAAAGGGAACAUGAAAAUAGAAUACCCGGGAAAUGGGCAAGAUGAUACCAACGGUAGCUCUGGCAGGGCAUAACCCUCGCCUGGCAUAUCGCUGGGAUACUGAGCAGCAAGGGGCCUGAAAUCCACACCAUGUAAUCAAAGAUGAGAAAGAAUGAGGGAGAUGGCCUUGGUGCUGAAUUGCAUGAAGUCAAGGGGAUAAUUCUAUGUUAAAAGCACUUAUUCGUCUUAAAGUUGCUAUAUUUUGUGGCUGUAGCCGCACACUCUUGUUAAGAUGCAAAUGUAAUGUACGAAGCAAAUGAAGUACUACCUGAACAUGGUCAAUGACAAUGCUCACGUUUGUUUUCUGUUUGAAAACGUUUGCUUAGGGUUGAUCUUAUUGAACGUAACCCUGCCUGCUGAUAUAAGAGAGGUUGCACGCUGCAGUUGACAGAUGUCUUUGGCCUCGCUCCAGACAGGCCCCUCUAAUGACCUUACAUCACCAUGAUGACCAAUGUGGAGGUGCUUGCUCAGCAGAUAGUGGCCUCUGAGCAGGUGGCGGAGGUGAGUGACGUGUGUGUGUGUGUGUGGUUGUGUUAUUAUGGGAGAGGAUGUGUUUGUGUACUCUACGAAGGUAAAUUGUGCUUGCAUGUUGGUUUUCUGUGUGUGUGUGUGGUUAUUAUGUUAUUAUGGAAGAGGAUAUGUUUGUGUGCUGUAAGGAGGUAAAUUCUGUUUGCAUGCUGGUUUUCUGUGUGUGACUGUGUCUGUACUGUGUAUGUGAAAGGGCACCCUGACCCUAACCCAUCCCAUGCUUCCUUUUCAAAGAUGAUUCACUUUGUGAGACAAAGGCAAUACACUGCCAGAGAGGGAAGCAAAACACCCCUGUUUUUGUCUGGUUCAAUGAAAGUCAUUGAACUAAGUAGACCAGACACUGCUGCUAUUGCGUUUGUGUCUAUGGGAGACAGACCCAGUUAAGUAGACCGGAACUGACCAUUUUCAAUGGUAAACGGCCUGAGUGAACUAUCUUAAUUUAUCCACCAUCUUUUACGAUGCUGCUCUGUGUGGCAUGGCAGGUUACUUCUGUCUCCUUGGUUGCCGUGGAGACAGAGGCCACUCUUAACCUUCAGAGGAGAGGGGUCACUCUGAGGGCACAGUCAAGCCCCUCCCUCUGUCUAGCUGCUGCUGGCUGCUGGCUUCCCUGCUGCUCACACAUGUAUUGUGUGUUUGUGUGUGCUGUGUUGCACAUAAAUCUUAGGUUCUGACUGUUAAUGUGUUUGUAUUGUGUGUUUCAGGUGCAGACCUCUCCCGCUGACUUGUCAGUGAUGAGUGGCUCUCCACAGCGUUUCCAGAUCAUCUCUAACGAGCCCUCAGCCACACCGCAACACAUUCAGGUAACAAUACCCUACAUUAUUGACAUGCUACUGCUUGAAGUCACUGCCACCUAUUGAUAGCCUACACACACUGCACCCUAGUGAAAAUGUAUAAUAUACACAGAUUCCAAAUCCCACUAACAACAAAAUAUUGUUUUAAAAACUAUUUGGAUACAACUUAAAUAAUUGUAAAUUCUUAAAUUAAAGGGAUAGCAGUUGUUUGGAUGGAUAGAUGUGGGAUUAUGACCCCUCCCUCCCCCUCCCUCCCUCUCAGAUUGUAACGGACCAGCAGACGGGUCAGAAGAUCCAGAUAGUCACGACCAUGGAUCCCUUCAGCGGGCCCAAGCAGCAGUUCAUCCUGGCGGCGGCUGAUGGCUCUGGAACGGGCAAAGUCAUCCUGACCUCCCCAGAGAACCAGGGCACCAAGCAGAUCAUUUUCACAACCGCAGACAGCCUGGUACCCGGCAGGAUACAGGUACGGAAGUAGCCAUAAUACCACCAUUCUAAAUCACAGUCAGAUACAGGUACGGAAUUCACCAUAACACCACAAAUCUAAACCACAGCAUUAGAUGACACACUGUGUAACCUUUGACCCCUCAGUGACCUCUACUCCUCCUGAUGUUCUAGAUUGUGACAGAUGCAGCGUCGGUGGAGCAGUUAUUGGGGAAGGCAGGGGACGUGGGCCGGCCUCAACCUGUAGAGUAUUGCGUGGUGUGUGGAGACAAGGCUUCAGGUACGCACACACACUGCACACACACACACUCACAGGCCAUUGGCCCAUUCAUAUCACUAACCCAUUCUCUCUGUUCUGUGUCCAGGGCGUCACUAUGGGUCUGUCAGCUGUGAAGGCUGUAAAGGCUUCUUCAAGAGGAGUGUGAGAAAGAACCUGACUUACAGUUGCCGCAGCAAUCAGGACUGUGUUGUCAACAAGCACCACCGUAACCGCUGUCAGUUCUGCCGGCUGAGGAAAUGCCUGGACAUGGGCAUGAAGAUGGAGUGUGAGUCACACCAGCGAACGCACAUGAAGAUUGGUUUAAUUUUUUUCUCCUGUCGCAGGCAGAUUUUUGUCGGAUAGGAUGGUCGAGGGGCCAGAACAUAAUUAUAAUAAUUUGUACACUGCAAAUUAGUGCUGAGCGAUUAAUCUAAAGUUAGGUUAAUUUUUCGGGUUUUAAACAACUAAUUGACCGACGUCUGUUCAAUUAUUUGAAUUCCAUUUCGUUAGUUUUUUUUACUGUGAGCUCGAUGUGCAGUUUCUGUAGAGAUAAAUCAGAUGAAGCCUGAACUGUGUGAUGUAGUAGGGAGUUGUAGUUUCCAACAGGUCAAUAUUCUACAUAGUUUAGUGCAGAAAACGUGGUAAUAAACUACAAUGACCAUAAUCCUUUGCGCACCCGCUUAAACUUGUCCGGUCUGUGCGGAGCAGACACAAGAGACUGAGAGAAGAGAGAAUGCAAUCGAAAGGGAUAGAAAGCAGUUGCUUCGCGAGUCUGAAAAUAAAAGAUCUAAAGUGAUUGAUAGUUGGUAUUCAGCAGUCAUAAAAGUAUGCCUUAUUGACUUUGAAGAACUACUAAAAUAGUGAUUUUGUCAGACAGCAUAGGCAGCAGCUCUAUAGAGAUGAGAUUAUGACUUGGAAUGAAAUAGUAAAGUCAUCAAAUAAAACAAAUAUUUUAUUAAAGUAAUAUAUGAUGGUUAAUAAUAAUAAUUAUAUACAGUUAUGGGCAGUCACUACCAUCAUGGGACUUUUAUUAAUAGUUUUAUUCAGUGUUGUUACAGCAUUCAACAAUAGUGCAUUUAAUGUGUAAAAAAAUUACCGAAACCGAAAACCGUGAAUAUUUUUGUACAAAUUUAACCGAAACCUAACCGACUUCAAAAAGCACUAAUCGCUCGACACUACUGCAAAUUGACCACAACUAAGCCCAAAAAGAGAUUGUAUUUGAAAAGAACAAUCAUUUCAUACCUUGAUUACAUUUACAUUUACAUUUUAGUCAUUUAGCAGACGCUCUUAUCCAGAGCGACUUACAGUUAGUGCAUACAUUAUUAUUUUAUUAUUUUUUUCAUACCCCCCCAUGGGAAUCGAACCCACAACCCUGGCGUUGCAAACGCCAUGCUCUACCAACUGAGCUACAUCCCUGCUGGCCAUUCCCUCCCCUACCCUGGACAACGCUGGGCCAAUUACAUGCCACUGGGCACACACUGGUUGAAUCAACGUUGUUGCCAGGUCAUUUCAAUGAAAUGACCUGGAACCAACAUGGAAUAGAAGUUGAACUGACAUCUAUGCCCAGUGGGAUAUGUCUCUUUUUAUAUUUGUGGGAAUACUUGGUUGGGAACAGAUUUUCUAAAUUAAAUGCAAUUUUUAUAGAUAUUUUUGUUGCUAAGAACUUUUGGGGUCCAGCAAAAAAAUCACGCUGCCUGUUGCCGACCCCUGCUGUAGGGUUUUAGUGUUGUUGAUGGUGUUUCUGUCCUGUGUGCUCUCAGCCGUGCAGAGUGAAAGGAAGCCCAUUGACCUGCCCAGAGAGAGGCCUGUUAACUGUGCUGCGUCCACAGAGAAGAUCUACAUCAGGAAGAACCUGAUGAGCCCACUCAUCGCCACGCCAACCUUCAUCACUGACAGUGACGGCUCCAGGUCAGAGACUGAGAUUGCUACUUUGUCUCCUUACUUGAUCAUGUGAUUUUGAAUUGUCCCGUGGGUUAGAAUCUCUGCUCUGAUUGGUGCUUUGGGUUAGUCUUCGGGCUCUGAUUGGUCCUGUGGGUUAGACUUUGGUCUCUGACUGGUGUUGUGUGCAGAUCCAGUCUGCUAGACACAGGGAUGCUGGUGAACAUCCAGCAGCCUCUGAUCCAGGCUGACGGGACACUACUGCUGGCCACAGACACCAAGGUACAAACUCAGUUAUUCCUCAACAUUCUCAGUGUAAUCCCUGUCCUGACAUGCUGUGAGUUGGACUGGUCAUUGGAAUCAGAGUGUGUUGUUAUUCUCAUCACUGGCUCACUGGAUGUGCCCCCCUCGCCAGUCUGAGUCGGGGCAGGGGGACUUGGGGACGCUUGCCAGCGUGGUGACGUCUCUGGCCAACCUGACCGACUCCCUCAGUGAGUCCCUGAACAACAGUGAUACCUCAGAUGACCAGCAGGAGGAGCAGUCUGCUAGCGAGAUAACACGGUACGCAUGCAGUGGCUCUGUGAGAAUAAGUCUGUGUGUGUGUGCGUGUGUAAUUGCUCCUGUAUUGUGUAUGUGUCUUCAGUGCCUUUGACACCCUGGCCAAAGCCCUGAACCCAUCCGAGUCGGGGGGGGGGCAGAACCUGGCGGAGGGAGGGGUGUGUGUGGGCGGAGCCACCAUCCAAGUGAUCAGCCAAGACCAGGUGACCCCCCUCAUUGAGGUGGAGGGCCCGCUGCUCACAGACACACACGUCAGCUUCAAGGUGGGGGAUCUAAACUUGAAACUUAAAAUGUAUUCACAUUUUGCUGGUGUUCAACCAUUUAUUUUUGUAUGCACGUCACCUUUGUGUUUUCAAUAACCUGACAUCUCUAUCUCUCUAUUUUUUUCGGUCCCUCUGUACCGCCUAUAGCUGACCAUGCCCAGCCCCAUGCCAGAGUAUCUGAAUGUGCACUACAUCUGUGAGUCAGCGUCCCGCCUCCUCUUCCUCUCCAUGCACUGGGCAAGCUCCAUCCCUGCAUUCUCCGCUCUCGGGUAAGAACACUCUUAUCAAAGUGUUAUUACGCUUUUAGUAUUGAUGUGUGUGUGACUUGAACUGUCUGUGUGUGUGUGUGUGUGUGUGUGUGUGUGUGUGUGUGUGUGUGUGCAUCAUCAUGUGUGUGUGUGUGUGCUGAGGGGUUGAAGCUACAAACCCAAGCCUAUGGGUUCGUAGCUUCAACCCCGCAACACACACACACACACACACACACACCCAAUUGAUUAAUGGACUGCUGAAUGUAUAUUUUAUUAUCUUGCUUUGUUUGCUCUUUUCCAUAUUAUGUACAGUGGGGAAAAAAAGUAUUUAUUCAGCCACCAAUUGUGCAAGUUCUCCCACUUAAAAAGAUGAGAGAGGCCUGUAAUUUUCAUCAUAGGUACACGUCAACUAUGACAGACAAAAUGAGAAAAAAAAUCCAGAAAAUCACAUUGUAGGAUUUUUUAUGAAUUUAUUUGCAAAUCAUGGUGGAAAAUAAGUAUUUGGUCAAUAACAAAAGUUUCUCAAUACUUUGUUAUAUACCCUUUGUUGGCAAUGACACAGGUCAAACGUUUUCUGUAAGUCUUCACAAGGUUUUCACACACUGUUGCUGGUAUUUUGGCCCAUUCCUCCAUGCAGAUCUCCUCUAGAGCAGUGAUGUUUUGGGGCUGUCGCUGGGCAACACGGACUUUCAACUCCCUCCAAAGAUUUUCUAUGGGGUUGAGAUCUGGAGACUGGCUAGGCCACUCCAGGACCUUGAAAUGCUUCUUACGAAGCCACUUCUUCGUUGCCCGGGCGGUGUGUUUGGGAUCAUUGUCAUGCUGAAAGACCCAGCCACGUUUCAUCUGCAGUGCCCUUGCUGAUGGAAGGAGGUUUUCACUCAAAAUCUCACGAUACAUGGCCCCAUUCAUUCUUUCCUUUACACGGAUCAGUCGUCCUGGUCCCUUUGCAGAAAAACAGCCCCAAAGCAUGAUGUUUCCACCCCCAUGCUUCACAGUAGGUAUGGUGUUCUUUGGAUGCAACUCAGCAUUCUUUGUCCUCCAAACACGACGAGUUGAGUUUUUACCAAAAAGUUCUAUUUUGGUUUCAUCUGACCAUAUGACAUUCUCCCAAUCCUCUUCUGGAUCAUCCAAAUGCACUCUAGCAAACUUCAGACGGGCCUGGACAUGUACUGGCUUAAGCAGGGGGACACAUCUGGCACUGCAGGAUUUGAGUCCCUGGCGGCGUAGUGUGUUACUGAUGGUAGGCUUUGUUACUUUGAUCCCAGCUCUCUGCAGGUCAUUCACUAGGUCCCCCCGUGUGGUUCUGGGAUUUUUGCUCAACGUUCUUGUGAUCAUUUUGACCCCACGGGGUGAGAUCUUGCGUGGAGCCCCAGAUCGAGGGAGAUUAUCAGUGGUCUUGUAUGUCUUCCAUUUCCUAAUAAUUGCUCCCACAGUUGAUUUCUUCAAACCAAGCUGCUUACCUAUUGCAGAUUAAGUCUUCCCAGCCUGGUGCAGGUCUACAAUUUUGUUUCUGGUGUCCUUUGACAGCUCUUUGGUCUUGGCCAUAGUGGAGUUUGGAGUGUGACUGUUUGAGGUUGUGGACAGGUGUCUUUUAUACUGAUAACAAGUUCAAACAGGUGCCAUUAAUACAGGUAACGAGUGGAGGACAGAGGAGCCUCUUAAAGAAGAAGUUACAGGUCUGUGAGAGCCAGAAAUCUUGCUUGUUUGUAGGUGACCAAAUACUUAUUUUCCACCAUAAUUUGCAAAUAAAUUCAUAAAAAAUCCUACAAUGUGAUUUUCUGGAUUUUUUCUUCUUCUCAAUUUGUCUGUCAUAGUUGACGUGUACCUAUGAUGAAAAUUACAGGCCUCUCUCAUCUUUUUAAGUGGGAGAACUUGCACAAUUGGUGGCUGACUAAAUACUUUUUUCCCCCACUGUAUAUCUCUGAUAACCCAGGAAAUGGCUAAAAAUAGCCCAUAUUAAUAAAUGUAGCCUUAGAAAUAAGGUUCAUGAAAUCAAUAACUUGCUAACGUCAGAUAACAUUAAUAUAUUAGCCAUUUCUGAGACUCACUUAGAUCAUUCAUUUCAUGAUACAGCAGUAGCAAUACAAGGAUAUAACAUCUAUAGAAGAGACAGAAAUGCUUAUGGGGGAGGUGUUGCUGUAUACACUACCGUUCAAAAGUUUGGGGUCACUUAGAAAUGUCCUUGUUUUCGAAAGAAAAGCAAUUUUUUUGUCCAUUAAAAUAACAUAAAAUUGAUCAAAAAUACAGCGUAGACAUUGUUAAUGUUGUAAAUGGCUAUUGUAGCUGAAAACGACAGAUUUUUUAUGGAAUAUCUACAUAGGCGUACAGAGGCCCAUUAUCAGCAACCAUCAGUCCUGUGUUCCAAUGGCACGUUGUGUUUGCUAAUCCAAGUUUAUCAUUUUAAAAGGCUAAUUGAUCAUUAGAAAACCCUUUUGCAAUUAUGUUAGCACAGCUCCGGGAUGCUGACCUUCUAGGCAGAGUUGCAAAGAAAAAGCCAUAUCUCAGACCGGCCAAUAAAAAUAAAAGAUUUAGAUGGGCAGUCUGAGAUAUGGCUUUUUCUUUGCAACUCUGCCUAGAAGGUCAGCAUCCCGGAGUCGCCUCUUCACUGUUGACAUUGAGACUGGUGUUUUGCGGGUACUAUUUAAUGAAGCUGCCAGUUGAGGACCUGUGAGGCGCCUGUUUCUCAAACUAGACACUGUAAUGUAUUUGUCCUCUUGCUCUGUUGUGCACCGGGGCCUCCCACUCCUCUUUCUAUUCUGGUUAGAGCCAGUUUGAGCUGUUCUGUGAAGGGAGUAGUACACAGCGUUGUACGAGAUCUUCAGUUUCUUGGCAAUUUCUCGCAUGGAAUAUCCAUCAUUUCUCAGAAUAAGAAUAUACUGACGAGUUUCAGAAGAAAGUUAUUUAUUUCUGGCCAUUUUGAGCCCGUAAUCGAACCCACAAUUGCUAAUGCUCCAGAUACUCAACUAGCCUCAAGAAGGCCAGUUUUAUUGCUUCUUUAAUCUUCACAACAGUUUUCAGCUGUGCUAACAUAAUUGCAAAAGGGUUUUCUAAUGAUCAAUUAGCUUUUUAAAAUGAUAAACUUGGAUUAGCAAACACAACAUGCCAUUGGAACACAGGACUGAUUGUUGCUGAUAAUGGGCCUCUGUACGCCUAUGUAGAUAUUCCAUUACAAAUCAGCCGUUUCCAGCUACAAUAGCCAUUUACAACAUUAACAAUGUCUACACUGUAUUUCUGAUCAAUUUGAUGUUAUUUUCAUGGACAAAAAAAGUGCUUUUCUUUCGAAAAAAACAAGGAAAUGUUUAAGUGACCCCAAACUUUUGAACGGUAGUGUAUAUUCAGAGCUAUAUCCCAGUAAUGCUUAGAGAGGAUGUUAUGUCAAGUGUUGUGGUUGUAGGUUCCCUUGGCACAUCUAAAGCAUUUUCUUUUGGGGUGUUGCUAUAGGCCACCAAGUGCUAACAGUCAGUAUCUAAAUAAUAUGUGUGAAAUGCUUGAUAGUGUGUGUGAUGUAAACAGAGAGGUCUACUUUCUUGGGGACCUGAAUAUUGACUGGUUUUUAUCAAGCUGUCCACUCAAAGGAAGCUUCUCACUGUAACCAGUGCUUGUAAUCUGGUUCAGGUUAUUAAUCAUCAACCUACCAGGGUGUUUACAAACACAACAGGAACAAGAUCAUCCACAUGUAUCGAUCACAUUUUUACUAAUACUGUAGAACUUUGUUCUAAAGCUGUAUCUGUACCCAUUGAAUGCAGUGGUCACAAUAUAGUGGCUACAGUGCAUUCAGAAUGUAUUCAGACCCCUUGACUUUUUCCACAUAUGUUACAGCCUUAUUCUAAAAUGGAUUAAAUCGUUUUUUUUCUUCAUCAAUCUACACACAAUACCCCAUAAUGAUGAAGCAAAAACAGGUUUUUAGAAAACUGAAAUAUCACAUUUACAUAAGUAUUCAGACCCUUUACUCAGUACUUUGUUGAAGCACCUUUGGCAGCGAUUACAGCCACGAGUCUUCUUGGGUAUAACGCUACAAGCUUGGCACACCUGUAUUUGAGGAGUUUCUCCCAUUCUUCUCUGUAGAUCGUCACAAGCUCUGUCAGGUUUGAUGGGGAGCGUCGCUGCACAGCUAUUUUCAGGUAUCUCCAGAGAUGUUUGAUCGGGUUCAAGUCUGGCUCUGGCUGGGCCACUCAAGGACAUUCAGAGACUUGUCCUGAACCCACUCCUGCGUUGUCUUGGCUGUGUGCUCAGUGUUGUUGUCCUGUUGGAAGUUGAACCUUCGCCCCAGUCUGAGGUCCUGAGCUAUCUGGAGCAGAUUUUCAUCAAGGAUCUCUCUGUACUUUGCUCUGUUCAUCUUUCCCUCAAUCCUGGCUAGUAUCUCAGUCCCUGCCGCUGAAAAACAUCCCCACAGCAUGAUGCUGCCACCACCAUGCUUCACCAUAGGGAUGGUGCCAGGUUUCCUCCAGACGUGACACUUGGCAUUCAGGCCAAAGAGUUCGAUCUUGGUUUCAUCAGACCAGAUAAUCUUGUUUCUCAUGGUCAGAGUCCUUUAGGUGCCUUUUGGCAAACUCCAAGCAGGCUGUCUUGUGCCUUUUACUGAGGCGUGGCUUUCGUCUGGCCACUCUACCAUAAAGGCCUGAUUGGUGGAGUGCUGCAGAGAUGGUUGUCCUUCUGGAAUGUUCUCCCAUCUCCACAGAGGAACUCUGGAUCUCAGUCAGAGUUACCAUUGGGUUCUUGGUCACCUCCCUGACCAAGGCACUUCUCCCCCGAUUGCUCAGUUUGGCAGGGCGGCCAGCUCUAGGAAUAGUCCAUUUGAAAAUGAUGGAGGCCACUGUGUUCUUGGGGACCUUCAAUGCUGCAGAAAUGUUUUGGACCCCUUUCCCAGAUCUGUGCCAAGACACAAUUCUGUCUCAGAGCUCUACGGACAAUUCCUUCAACCUCAUGGCUUGGUUUUUGCGCUGACAUGCACUGUCAAAUGUGGGACCUUAUAUAGACAGGUGUGUGCCUUUCCAAAUCAUGUCCAAUUAAUUUAAUUUACCACAGGUGGACUCCAAUCAAGUUGUAGAAAAAUCUCAAGGAUGGUCAAUGGAAACAGGGAUGCACCUGAGCUCAAUUUCGAGUCUCAUAGCAAAGGGUAGGAAUACUUAUGUAAAUACGUUAUUCCUGUUUUUUAUUUUUAACAAAUUUGCAAACAUUUUAAAAAACCUGUUUUCACUUUGUCAUUAUGGGGUAUUGUGUGUAGAUUGAUGAGAAAAAUAUAUAUUUAAUCAAUUUUAGAAUAAGGCUGUAAUGUAACAAAAUGUGGAAAAAGCCAAGGGUUCUGAAUACUUUCCGAAUGCACUGUAUAUUUACAUUUACAUAAUUUAGCAGACACUCUUAUCCAGAGCGACUUACAAAUUGGUGCAUUCAACUUAUGAUAGCCAGUGGGACAACCACCUUUUUUUUAUGGGGGGUGGGGGAAGAAGGAUUACUUUAUACUAUUCCAGGUAUUCCUUAAAGAGGUAGGGUUUCAAGUGUCUCCGGAAGGUGGUCAGUGACUCCGCUGUCCUGGCGUCGUGGGGGAGCUUGUUCCACCAUUGGGGUGCCAGAGCAGCAUAUCCAGGAAAGCCAAAAUUCCAAAAACUGGGCCUAAAAUAGUGUAUCAGAGAUCAUACAAAAGAUUUUGCUGUGACUCUUUUGUGGAUGAUGUUAAAAAUAUUUGUUGUUCUGAUGUGAUUAAUAAGGAGCAUCCAGACGCUGCACUUGAUGAAUUUAUGAAAUUGCUUCUUCCAGUUAUUUAUAAACAUUCACCUGUUAGGAAACUGACUGUUAGAACUGUUAAGGCUCCAUGGAUUGAUGAGGAAUUGAUAAACUGUAUGGUUGAAAGAGAUGGGGCAAAAGGAGUGGCUAAUAAGUCUGGCUGCACAUCUGACUGGCUGACUUACUGCAAAUUGAGAAAUGAUAUGACUAAACUCAACAAAAUGAAUAUGAAGCCAAGAUCAAUGCUAUAAAGAAUGAUGGAGUACUUUAAAUGAAAUUAUGGGCAGAAAGACAAAUUCUACUCCAUCUUUCAUCGAAUCAGAUGUCUUAUUCAUCAUUUGAUGUUGCCAAUUAUUUAAAUGAUUACUUCAUUGGAAAAGUGGGCAAACUUAGGCAGGAAAUGCCAACAACGAACAGUGAGCCAUAGUAUUCAUGCAUAAAAAAUAAAUAAUGAAAGAAAAGCAUUGCAAGUUUAAUUUUGUAAAGUUAGUGUGGGAGAGGUGGAAAGAUUAUUAUUAUCGAUCAAAAAUGACAAACCUCCUGGCAUUGACAACUUAGAUGGAAAGCUACUGAGGAUGGUAGCUGACUCUAUAUCCACUACUAUCUGUCAUAUACAGUGGGUAGAACAAGUAUUUGAUACACUGCCGAUUUUGCAGGUUUUCCUACUUACAAAGCAUGUAGAGGUCUGUAAUGUUUUGUCAUAGGUACACUUCAACUGUGAGAGACAAAAAUCCAGAAAAUGUAAUUGUAUGAUUUUUAAGUAAUUAAUUUGCAUUUUAUUGCAUGAUAUAAGUAUUUGAUACAUCAGAAAAGCAGAACUUUAUAUUUGGUACAGAAACCUUUGUUUGCAAUUACAGAGAUCAUACGUUUCCUGUAGGUCUUGGCCAGGUUUGCACACACUGCAGUAGGGAUUUUGGCCCACUCCUCCAUACAGACCUUCUCCAGAUCCUUCAGGUUUCGGGGCUGUCGCUGGGCAAUACGGACUUUCAGCUCCCUCCAAAGAUGUUCUAUUGGGUUCAGGUCUGGAGACUGGCUAGGCCACUCCAGGACCUUGAGAUGCUUCUUACGGAGCCACUCCUUAGUUGCCCUGGCUGUGUGUUUCGGGUCGUUGUCAUGCUGGAAGACCCAGCCACGACCCAUCUUCAAUGCUCUUACUGAGGGAAGGAGGUUGUUGGCCAAGAUCUCGCAAUACAUAGCCCCAUCCAUCCUCCCCUCAAUACGGUGCAGUCGUCCUGUCCCCUUUGCAGAAAAGCAUCCCCAAAAAAUUUUUCCACCUCCAUGCUUCACGGUUGGGAUGGUGUUCUUGGGCUUGUACUCAUCCUUCUUCUUCCUCCAAACACGGCGAGUGGAGUUUAGACCAAAAAGCUCUAUUUUUGUCUCAUCAGACCACAUGACCUUCUCCCAUUCCUCCUCUGGAUCAUCCAGAUGGUCAUUGGCAAACUUCAGACGGGCCUGGACAUGCGCUGGCUUGAGCAGGGGGACAUUGCGUGCGCUGCAGGAUUUUAAUCCAUGACGGCGUAGUGUGUUACUAAUGGUUUUCUUUGAGACUGUGGUCCCAGCUCUCUUCAGGUCAUUGACCAGGUCCUGCCGUGUAGUUCUGGGCUGAUCCCUCACCUUCCUCAUGAUCAUUGAUGCCCCACGAGGUGAGAUCUUGCAUGGAGCCCCAGACCGAGGGUGGUUGACCGUCAUCUUGAACUUCUUCCAUUUUCUAAUAAUUGUGCCAACAGUUGUUGCCUUCUCACCAAGCUUCUUGCCUAUUGUCCUGUAGCCCAUCCCAGCCUUGUGCAGGUCUACAAUUUUAUCCCUGAUGACCUUACACAGCUCUCUGGUUUUGGCCAUUGUGGAGAGGUUGGAGUCUGUUUGAUUGAGUGUGUGGACAGGUGUCUUUUAUACAGGUAACGAGUUCAAACAGGUGCAGUUAAUACAGGUAAUGAGUGGAGAACAGGAGGGCUUCUUAAAGAAAAACUAACAGGUCUGUGAGAGCCGGAAUUCUUACUGGUUGGUAGGUGAUCAAAUACUUAUGUCAUGCAAUAAAAUGCAAAUUAAUUACUUAAAAAUCAUACAAUGUGAUUUUCUGGAUUUUUGUUUUAGAUUCCGUCUCUCACAGUUGAAGUGUACCUAUGAUAAAAAUUACAGACCUCUACAUGCUUUGUAAGUAGGAAAACCUGCAAAUUCGGCAGUGUAUCAAAUACUUGUUCUCCCCACUGUAUUUAAUCUGAGCCUAGAGGAAAGUCUUUGUCCUCAGGCCUGGAGGGAAGCCAAAGUCAUUCCGUUACCCAAGAGUGGUAAUGCAGCCUUUACUGCUUCUAACAGCAGACCUAUAAGCUUGCUGCCAGCUUUUAGCAAACUGUUGGAAAAAAUGGUGUUUGACCAAAUACAAUGCUAUUUCUCUGUAACAAAUGAACAACAGACGUUCAGCAUCCUUAUAGAGAAGGGCACUCAACAUGUACUGCACUGACACAAAUGACUGAUUGAAAGAAAUUGAUUUUGAGAAGAUUGUGGGAGCUGUACUUUUAAAUUUCAGUGCAGCCUUUGAUAUUAUUGUCCAUAACCUGUUGUUGAAAAAACGUAUGUGUUAUGGCUUUUCAACCUCUGCCAUAUCUUGGAUUCUGAGCUAUCUUAUCUAAUAGAACUCAAAGGGUUUUCUGCAAUGGAAGCUUCUCUAAUGUCAAACAUGUAAAGUGUGGUGUACCGCAGGGCAGCUCUGUAGGCCCUCUACUCUUUUCUAUUUUUACCAAUGACCUGCCACUGGCAUUAAAUAAAGCAUGUGUGUCCAUGUAUGCUGAUGAUUAAACCAUAUACCCAUCAGCAACCACAGCUAAUUAAGUCACUGAAACCCUUAACAAAGAGUUGCAGUAUGUUUUGGAAUGGGUGGCCAGUAAUAAACUGGUCCUGAACAUCUCUAAAACUAAGAGCAUUGUAUUUGGUACAAAUCAUUCCCUAAGUUCUAGACCUCAGCUGAAUUUGGUAAUGAAUGGUGUGUCUGUUGAGCAAGUUGAGGAGACUAAAUUACUUGGCGUUACCUUAGACUGUAAACUAUUAUGGUCAAAACAUAUAGAUUCAAUGGUUGUAAAGAUGGGGAGAGGUCUGUCCGUAAUAAAGAGAUGCUAUGCUUUUUUGACACCACACUCCAAAAAGCAAGUUCUGCAGGCUCUAGUUUUGUCUUAUCUUGAUUAUUGUCCAGUCGUGUGGUCGAGUGCUGCAAGGAAAGACCUAGUUAAGCUGCAGCUGGCCCAGAACAGAGCGGCACGUCUUGCUCUUCAUUGUAAUCAGAGGGCUGAUAUAAAUGUUAUACAUGCCAGUCUCUCUUGGCUAAGAGUUGAGGAGAGACUGACUGCAUCACUUCUUCUUUUUAUAAGAAACAUUAAUGUGUUGAAAAUCCCAAAUUGUUUGCAUAGUCAAUUUACACAGCUCUGACACACAACCUUACCCCACCAGACAUGCCACCGGGGUCUUUUCACAGUCCCCAAAUCCAAAACAAAUUCAAGAAAGCGUACAGUAUUAUAUAGAGCCAUUAUUGCAUGGAACUCCGUUCCAUCUCAUAUUGCUCAAAUAAUCAGCAAACCUGGUUAAAAAAAAACAGAUAAAGCAACACCUCACGGCACAACGCCUCUCCACUAUUUGACCUAGAUAGUUUGUGUGUAUGUAUUUUUUAUUUUUUUUAUAUGUAUGUAGUUUUGUCCCUGAGCUGUUCUUGUCUAUUAAUGUUCUGUAUUAUGUCAUGUUUCAUGUUUUGUGUGGACCCCAGGAAGAGUAGCUGCUGCUUUUGCAACAGCUAAUGGGGGAUCCUAAUUAAAUACAAAAAUCUCAACCAAUCUCGAUUUAGUCCUGUAACUGUAUGUGUGUGUGUGUGUGUGUCUCAGUCAGGAGAGUAACACCAGCCUGGUACGUGCCUGUUGGAAUGAGCUGUUCACUCUGGGGCUGGCUCAGUGUGCUCAGAUCAUGAGUCUCUCCACCAUCCUGGAAGCCAUCAUCAACCACCUCCAGAACAGCAUCCAAGACGGUACACCAUCAAACCUCCAGAUCUCCAUACAAAACAGUGAACGCACUAAAUUCACAAAACGCACACCCUGAUACAAUCAGACACACAGAUACAGAAGCUAUGGAUGCAAGACUCAAACUCCCCACAAACAAGUUCAUUUCUAAUUAUUUAUGUGUUGUAAAGUGUUGUUUGAUGUUCCCCUGUAGAUAAGGUGUCUGCGGAGAGAGUGAAGCUGGUGAUGGAACACAUCUGGAAGCUGCAGGAGUUCUGUAACAGCAUGGUUAAGAUGGAGACAGACAACUAUGAGUAUGCUUACCUGAAGGCCAUAGUGCUCUUCAGCCCUGGUGAGCAUGGUCCCAUUAACAUCAUACAUUAUGUUAGAAAUACAUCAUAAAUCACAGGCAAUGACUAGAGACUCAAGAUUCUCCUGGUCAGGUCACGUGGUCAAGAAAAUAUAAAUUCCCUAUGAGAAACAUCUGACAUCAGAUAAGAGUCAAUUUACUCCGCUAAAUUAUUUUUGACAUAUACAGUACAUGGGUCGUUCCACGAAAUUAGUGCCUUUUGCGUCCCUUUGAUAUUUUAAGUAGAAAUUGUGCACAAAUAUACAAUUUUAAAAGCCUUUCAUAUUAAUUGUAGUGCCCUUUAAUAUAGACCACAUUUUGUAUGAAUAAAGACUUUCUAAAGUGCCAAAAUUCAGCAUUUUGACAUGUCCCUCUUUGCGUCCUCUGUGACUUCUAGGAAGAUUUUAACCCACUUAAUCCCAACAUUUCUCAUUUUUCACCAUCAUUGUAAAGCCCUAGUUAUUUUUUUGCUUUGACAAAGUCAUUUCUGAAGAUUAUUAUUAAUUUAAUGUGAUUAGUGAUUCAUUUUUCAUUUUAAGGUCAACCCUGUUACGUGAACUGAAAUCUCAUUUUAAUAUCUGAAACUAUUCCUUUAAAAAAAAUAGUCAAAUCAUAGUGUAAAAGCAGGUGAGCGGGUUCUUCUCUUUUUGACCAUUUUCUGGUGUUUUGUGGUGGAAAACUGAGCGGGUCGAGCGGGUGAAGCUUGCAUUCAAUUACCCCUACCUGUUGCACACAACAAUCUUCCAUUCCCCUAUCACAAGGGGAUUUAUGGCUGAUUUAAAAUGAAGUCGUCAACCCUGUUACGGUCAACACUGUUACUUUAUUUGGCACUUACUAUAGUAUUAUUUUCUCUUUAACCUCUUGAGAUGGGAAAAUUUGUUUUUUUAUUAAGUUGAACAUGUGUUCUUUAUGACAGAAUAUAAAAAUGUGGUGAAAUAAAAUGUUUUCUUUUCACCAAGUUACACUAAUCAAAAGGCACCUAAUUGGUGGAGCAACCCACAUAGGGAUAUAUAUGUACAGUAUAUCAACUAGAAGAGUAGAUAAGCAUAACAUGAUAAUUUGAUAACAUUUUCUCAUAUUUAUCUCAUAGUGUAUUGUUAGGAAACAGCUAUUGUGUGUCUCACUAAUCAGACCAUCCAGGCCUGAACAGUUGCAGCCAGAUAGUGAAGUUCCAGGAGAAAGCCCAGAUGGAGCUGCAGGACUAUGUGCAGAAGACCUAUCCAGAUGACACCUACAGGUAUGCUGUAUGCCAAUCAGGACCUUGAUAUAUCCUAAAACCCUCCCCACAGGUCCCAUAAAUUCAUAUGUGAAUCUAUCUCUUUCUGAUUGGAUCCAUAUAUCACAUGUAUUAACUUGUCUCUCUCUGAUUGAUUCUCCCAGGUUGACUCGUAUCCUGAUGCGUCUCCCGGCGCUGCGUCUGAUGAGCUCCAGCAUCACAGAAGAGCUAUUCUUCACCGGCCUGAUCGGCAACGUGCCCAUCGACAGCAUCAUCCCUUACAUCCUCAAGAUGGAGACCGCAGACUACAACACCCAGAUCACCGGUCCCACAGCGUGA